CCAAAUUCACCAUUAUGCACUGUCAAUGUCUGAAUGUCAACACAACCUUUAAUAUAGUGGACGUUGUUUACUGCGGAACGUAUUGAUGGACCUGUCAGACCCUGAGGAGCAGUUACUCCACUAUGCCAAGACUGGAAGCCUGUCUCUCAUCCAGUGUCUUCUGCAGCUACGGAUUGAGCAAGAUCUCAGACUCAACAUCAAUUGCAGAGGUAAGACCAAGACCAGUGCAGGUUGGACACCUCUACAUCUGGCCUGCUACUUUGGACACAAAGAUGUUGCAGAGGAAUUGCUCAAGGCUGGUGCUGAUGUGAAUUUACAGAAUAACAUGGGCGACACGCCUCUACACAAAGCUGCCUUAACGGGAAGAAAGGAGGUAGUUCUGUUGCUGCUGCGAUACGAUGCCAGUGCCACUAUCAUCAACGGGAAAGCACAGAUCCCUAAAGCUGUCACAGAGGAUGAUGAAAUUAACACCAUGCUGGAGGCUGCAGAGAGAAGAGCUGAGAGGAGACAAGAGGAGAAACUUCUGGAGGCGGCCAGAGAGGGAGACAUCUUCAGCCUGUCUGAGCUGCUCAGCAGGAAGCGGCCUCCUGACAUCGACUGUAGAGACCUGCAGGGGAACACGCCUUUACACUGUGCUGCCUACAGGGGGCAGAAGCAGUGUGUUGGAAAGCUGCUCAAGUGUGGAGCUAGCUCCAGCAUGAAGAACAAGAGUGACCAAACGGUGUUUGACCUGGCCUGCAGUGAGGAGAUUAAGCAAAUUCUGGAGGGCAGUCAUGACAAGGAUACAAUUAGUGGUGUGCAGAAAUUUGAAGGCCUCCUAUGGAAGAGUUCCAGGUUCCUGGGAUGGCGUUCCCAUUGGGUGGUCAUUCAAGAUGGGGUCCUGUCCUGGUACCCUAGACAAGCUGAUGCCGUGGCGAAUGUCCGGAAGCAAGGCGCUAAGGCUCUGAUGAAAGCUCACUGCAGGGUAAAAGCAUGGGACAAGUGCUUCUUCAGCCUCCGGUGCUUUGAUCACAGUCUCCAUCACUUUAAGGUGUCAUCUAAGACUGAUCCAGAGGCUAUAAGAAAAAGAUGGCUGGAUGCCCUGGAGGAGCAUACGUCCUACAGCAGCUGUUACUCUACCCAGGAGCAGACCACUGAGGAUGAGGAGGGGGAUGAAGAUACACUGGGGGACCUAACAGACUCCCUCCAGGCUGCUGAAGCCUGUCAGCAGAAAUUGGAGACUCAAGUGUCUAUUUUUCUGUCCAUGGUGAAGAAUGAGGAGAACAACACAUUGGCUGCUCCUCUUCUGCUGAAGGCCAGGGAGACCAGUGACCUCUCCAGGGAGACCAGCUCUGCCCUGCACAGCUGUCUGGGUCUGUUUUCCAAACAACAGAAGGUGUGGAGCCAGAAGUUGGAGCAGGAAGUAGAGAAGAACAAGCUGCAAUCAGAGGCGCUCCAGACCAUAGCUACAGAGCACCAGGAACUAGACCAGCAGUCCCUCUGUAAAGGCAGGAGGUCCUCUACGCUAAGCACACUCACAGAGGAUGACUUCUAUGAUGCCCUGUCCGAGUCCGACGACGAGCGUUCUCUCUCUCUGAGCGGCUUCCUGUCUGUGGCCGGACACUCGUUCGAAGAGGAGGAAGAAGAGGAGGUGAAGGAAGAGGGGAGAGAGCCCCUUGUGUUCAGCAGCAGCCUCCGUCUCCGCAGCACCCUCAGGGGACCCGCCGCCGCCAGCGACAUGUCCGGGGAGGUUAACGAUGGCGACCAGAAGGUCCAAUGCAACGGAGUCAAGAAGCACAGAAUGUCUUUACCGGCACCCAUGUUCUCCAGGAAUGACGUCAGCAUCUGGAGUAUCCUGAAGAAAUGCAUCGGCAUGGAGCUGUCUAAGAUAGCCAUGCCAGUGAUCUUCAACGAGCCCCUGAGUUUUCUUCAGCGGCUGACAGAGUACAUGGAGCACACGUAUCUCAUCCACCAGGCUAACGCUACCACAGACUCCAUGGAGAGGAUGAAGUGUGUGGCAGCAUUUGCUGUGUCUGCUGUAGCAUCACAGUGGGAGAGGACUGGAAAACCCUUCAAUCCACUUCUAGGAGAAACCUAUGAGCUGAUCAGAGAGGACCUGGGGUUCAGGUGGAUGUCGGAGCAGGUGAGCCACCACCCCCCUGUAAGCGCCUUCCACGCCGAGGGCCUGCAGGAGGACUUCCUGUUCCAUGGCUCCAUCUACCCUAAACUCAAGUUCUGGGGCAAGAGCGUGGAGGCAGAGCCUAAAGGCAUCAUCACCCUGGAACUGCCUAAAUACAAUGAAGCAUACACCUGGACAAACCCCACCUGCUGUGUCCACAACAUCAUCGUGGGCCAGCUGUGGAUCGAGCAGUAUGGCAAUGUGGAAGUGAUCAACCACAAGACCGGAGAGAGAUGCAGCCUGACGUUCAAACCAUGUGGUAUGUUUGGUAAGGAGCUGCACCAAGUGGAGGGCUAUAUUCUGGAUAAAAGCAAAAGGAAGCUCUGUGCCAUAUACGGUAAAUGGACUGAGUGCUUGUACACUGUGGACGCCAAAACCUUUGAUGCUCACAAGAAAUCUGACAAGAAGAACUCAGAGGAGAAGAAAAGCAACAAGCAGACCAGUGUAGACGAAGAGCCAGAGGAGAUGCCCCUGCCUGAUGGAGACACGGUCCAGGUCAUCCCAGGUAGUGAGCUCAUCUGGAGGAUAGCCCCCCGACCAGACAACUCUGCAGAGUUCUACGCCUUCUCCACAUUUGCCAUGCAGCUGAAUGAGCUGGAGGAGGGCAUGAAGGGGGUGAUGCCCCCCACAGACUGUCGAUUCAGACCUGACAUCAGAGCCAUGGAGAAAGGAGACAUAGAUUUGUCAAGUGCAGAGAAGAAGAGGGUAGAGGAGAAACAAAGACUGGCCCGGAAAAAUCGCUCCAAAUCAACAGAGGAAUGGAAAACGAGGUGGUUCCACCAAGGCCCCAACCCCCACAUCAAAGCUCAGGACUGGCUCUACUCCAACGGCUACUGGGACCGGAACUACUCCCUGCUGCCUGAUAUAUACUGACCUGCAAGACACACACACAGACAUCUCUAUCUGUAUACAUCUCAUCUCUACUAUCUCUGCUGUUUUUCAUAUUCAGGCUGGAACUUCUGACGGUGGAACUCUGAAGUUUUCUCGUAAGACUCAUUGAAGGGGGAGAAAGUUAGUCCUGGUCAGGUCAUGUGGUCAGCAAAAAGGAGUCCACAUAGGCGAGGUAAAGUGAGAAUUAUGUCCUUCUCAAGUCCGUAACCUGCUCUGGUCCUAUAGAUGGUAAGGCUAUUAUUGGGAACCAUUCAGUAGUCCCCAAAUAUGAUGAUCUCUUAUCACAGCCUAUGUCUCACUCAAGGCACAAUGGUGAAGUCCUCAUGAGCUUGUAAGCUAUGGUCAUUGACCAGUGUAUAGAAUUAUAAUAAAACUAUAGGGUGUAACCUGCCUUUCAUUUUAACAAAUGGGAGUGUUUUGAAUUGCGUGAAUUGAAUGCAGUGUGCUCAGUGCUGUUACUUACAAAUGUGUGCAGCUACAUUAUCGUUCUGAUACAGUAUACAUUUUAGGAAAAAUACAGCUUUCAAAUAGUGUGUGAAAUAGGCGUGUUCCAACUUCCUGCACUUUACUAUAGGCUACCAAACUAAGCUGUCAUGAUGUGUGAGAUAGGCGUGUUCCAACUUCCUGCAGUCUCUACUAUAGGCUACCAAACUAAGCUGUCAUGAUGUGUGAGAUAGGCGUGUUCCAACUUCCUGCAGUCUCUACUAUAGGCUACCAAACUAAGCUGUCAUUAUGACACAUUUUAGCUGCUUGGACCUCUUUAAGUAUGACUGGGGAAAUUAUACAUGUUUGUACAUAUUAUUGGAUAGAGCUCUUCUAUUCUUCUGAGCUGUAAUACAAUGUAGUUAUUUAUGAAUUUAAGAUGCUAUGCUAUGUAUAGAGGAGAAUAGCUGUACUGUACUUAGAAUUAUGGCUUUCUUCAAUGGCACUUAUCUGUGUGCAAAAGUUUCCUCUAUAGUAAAAAUGUAAUUCAGGAUAUUCUGAGAAGUACUUAGAACUGUUUGGACUACCCCUCACACACUGAAUGCACAUACAGUACAUGCACUACUUUGACUAUACAAUCAUUAGCUGCAAUACACCCACAGACACACAGUAAGGCUGUGUCCCAAAUGGCACCCUAUUUCCUACAUAGCCCUAUGGGGGAAUAGGGUGCCAUUAUGGGAGACAGCCACUGUUCAACACACUCAUGCACUGCAUAAUAUUCAUCUCCUUGGUUGUGAAUAGCUGCUGCUGUAACCUCUGUAAAGUGCUAGGUAGGAUUAUCAUGUAAUACAUGACAGGACAGUAGACUGGGCCUAUCGCCCCCUCUGAAUGGACGGUUUUAUCUAGAGGCUACUUUCACUUUGUGUAUAGCACAUUACAGAAUAAAGAAUUUCUAUUGUUGCUAAAUAAAAGCUUAAUGUUA